AUGUCUUUCAAGUCACUCUUCGUUUCGAUUCCGCUCUUUUGGCGCUGUGCCACCGCACUACCUGCAGGACCCGGUUCCUGGCAAAACGGCAGCUCCUAUGUUUACCCUUCCCAGGAUGAUUUCUCGGCUUCAGCAGCUUACAACUUGAUCGACACAUACGAUGCGAGUAACUGGGUGUCUAAGUUCGAUGUUCAGGAUAUCGCUGAUCCUACGCAUGGAUUUGUCGACUACGUCAACCUACAACAAGCUCAGCAACAGGGCUUGCUCAAGACACAAAAUGGACAAGUUUACAUGGGGGUAGACUCAACAUCACAUCUCGACCCGAAUGGUCCAGGACGUAAGAGUGUACGAGUGCAAAGCAAGACAGCGUACAAUCAUGCCCUUGUCAUUGCAGACUUUGCGCAUGUCCCGGGUAGUGCAUGUGGUUCGUGGCCGGCCUUCUGGAUGGUCGGACCCAACUGGCCAAACCAAGGCGAGAUCGACAUCUACGAAGGCGUGCACUUGUCCUCCUCGAACCAAAUUACCCUCCAUAGCUCCCCAGGCUGCACCCCAACCAUCGGCUCGGGCGGCGAAUCCGGUUCGCGCAUCAACGGCGCAGAUUGCGGUGCGGGAGGCGGCUUCAACGGCUGCGGCAUAAUGGCCAAUAACCCCGUGACAUAUGGUUCACCAUUCAAUGCCAACGGCGGUGGAGUCUACGCUACUCUCUGGACAAGCUCUGGUAUCAAGGUGUGGUACUUUGCUACUCGAAACGUGCCUGCGAACAUCAAGAGCGGAAACCCGGACCCGUCGACUUGGGGCAAGCCAGUAGCCAACUUUGCAGGAUGCGACUUUGAUGCAAAGUUCAGGAACCUGAAUAUCGUCUUUGAUAUCACCUUUUGUGGUGAUUGGGCUGGUGGUGUUUGGGGCUCAACUUCGCAAUGCUCCUCCAUUAACCCCAGCUGUAGCGCUUAUGUGGCGAGUCAGCCGCAGAACUUUUCUGAUACAUACUGGCUCAUCAACUCUGUCAAGGUGUACAGUGCAUAA